AUGUUUUCGCACCGCAAGGUGCUGGCUACUAUCUCGACAUGUGACCUGACGAGUAGGGGGCAACCCCCGACACUGAGCAAGGAGUCAGGAGAGGCCGGACCUCUUGCGAGAGCUUCGGCAGGUCUCGGAAUCCUACCUCUGUGGAAGAAGCCAACAGAUAUGAGCUGCCUUCGGGCGACUCUGACAGGCCGAAAGGUCCUUGGCAGAUUUUGCUCACAGGCACCACAUGCGGUCGCGGCCCUCACUUUUACCGGUGCAGGCCGGGUCGAGAGUAACGUAGCCGACACGCCCGUAUCUGCUGAGAAGGAAUCGUCUUCCUGGGCUUUUGUUGCAUCCCUUGAUCUCAGCAUGGUGCGCGGCAUGAAAAAAUCGGCGUGA